CUCAUAGUUAGAACCAUUUACUAUCGAGCGAGGCCCAUGCCAUUUGCAGAACACCGUCGAACCGAAACAAAAUUUCACUGCAAAAAAUUGAAAUCGAAAAUCCAAUCUUUAAUUGUUAGGGUUUUAUUUUAGUUGCGAUUUGGAAGGUUAAGAAAUGGGGGAACUGAAGAUGUCUUUGCCAACUUUGUUCGAACAAGCUCGAAAUAUUCAUACUAUUGCAUCCGAAUCCACCCUUGAUCAGGACCUUGUCAGGAAAGGUUGUGAGCUUUUGAGACAGUGCGAGGAAAUGGUCAGUAAAUUAGGGUUGUUCUCGCUCAAUGAGACAAAAGAUGAUAUCAGCACUGCUAAUCUGAAAUAUAUCCUGGUGCCUUACUAUCUUGCCGAGCUAGCAGAAAAAAUUGCAGAAGAUGACAGGAUAAAAGUACUUAAGACUUCACAGGCCAAGUUAAAGGAAUUCAUUUCUUUUUGUGAGACAAUGGAGCUUGUUCCUGAAGAGGAGAUGGAGACAUCUAAACAAGGGGGAGCUGAUACUGCUCUAGAUCGUAGAGCUAAGAAGAUUGCUCGGUUCAAACGCCAAAGAGCUGCUGAGUCAAAACUACUUGAAUUGAAGGAGCGGAAGGAGCGUCGUGGGCGAUCAACUAAAGCAUCUGCACUGUCUACUCCUGUCGAGACUGGAGAUGAUGAUGUGUUGGAUGAUGAUGGCGAAGAAGAACGGGAGGACGGGGAGAGAGAAUUUUCUCAGCUGAUACUUGAUGAACGCACCAAAGUAGUAGAAACUUGGCACCGUGAUGCUGCUGCUCGAGCCCACUACACAAAACCUGCAGUACCUAUCACCUGUGCUACUUUCGCUCAAGAUGUCAUAGAGGGAAGGGCUCAGGUUUCACAGGCGCAUGAACAUAAACACCAACCCUUAAUUUUUGGACCAGCAAGUCUUGUUGGUAGGAACCCAACAAGCGAACGGGAAAAAAUAGCAGCACAGAUUACCAACCAUGAGCAUAGAGGAAGCUGGACUAACGGAGAUGAACAUGAUGAACGAAUGGCAAGAGAGGACUGUGAAAUUCAUGGAAGAAGCAAAUUCUUCAUGGCACAGGGAUGCCCCAAAGUCAAGGCCAGGUGAAGAGGAUGAAGAAGAUGAUGACGCUGCUCAAGACAAGGCAAGAGCAUGGGAUGACUGGAAAGAUGAUAACCCCCGUGGUGCUGGCAACAAGAAACUCACUCCUUGUGGUUAAGGAAGCAGUUGUUGCGGAGCUGGAGUAUCCAAUACAGUUAAGUGCUGCAAUAUUUGAAGAAGCCAUUCUGAACUAGACUUCCUGUUAGUUGUCCCAUUUAAGAUAAGACAACAAUGACAAGAACAUUAAAGAAAUGAAUGUUUCAUUCAGUUACUGAGUGUGAAUGAACCUCGUUGAACAA